UGAAGCCCGGAGUUCUUCUGACAUGAAGCCCGGAGGUCUUCUGACAUGAAGCCCGGAGGACUUCUGGUUCGAAUCCCGGAGGUCUACUGACAUGAAGCCCGGAGUUCUUCUGACAUGGAGCCCGGAGGUCUUCUGACAUGAAGCCCGGAGGACUUCUGGUUCGAAUCCCGGAGGACUUCUGGUUCGAAGCCCGGAGAACUUCUGGUUCGAAGCCCGGAGGACUUCUGGCUCGAAGCCCGGAGGACUUCUGGCUCGAAGCCCGGAGGACUUAUGUGAGCCAGAAUUCUGGCUCGAAGCCCGGAGGUCUUCUGGCUCGUCGCCCGGAGGAUUUCUGGCCCGAAGCCCGGAGGACUUCUGGCUCGAAGCCCGGAGGACUUCUGGCUCGAAGCCCGGAGGACUGCCAGAUUGAAGCCCGAAGGACUUCCGAAUUGAUGCCCGGAGGACUUCUGGCUCGAAGCCCGGAGAACUUCUGGCUCGAAGCCCGGAGGACUUCUGGCUCAAAGCCCGGAGGACUUCUGGCUCGAAGCCCGGAGGACUUAUGUGAGCCAGAAUUCUGGCUCGAAGCCCGGAGGUCUUCUGGCUCGUCGCCCGGAGGAUUUCUGGCCCGAAGCCCGGAGGACUUCUGGCUCGAAGCCCGGAGGACUUCUGGCUCGAAGCCCGAAGGACUUCUGGCUCGAAGCCCGGAGGACUGCCAGAUUGAAGCCCGAAGGACUUCCGAAUUGAAGCCCGGAGGACUUCUGGCUCGAAGCCCGGAGGACUUCUGGCUCGAAGCCCGGAGGACUUCUGGCUCGAAGCCCGGAGGACUUCUGGCUCGAAGCCCGGAGGACUUCUGGCUCGAAGCCCGGAGGACUUCUGGCUCGAAGCCCGGAGGACUUCUGGCUCGAAGCCCGGAGGACAUCUGGCUCGAAGCCCGGAGGACUUCUGGCUCGAAGCCCGGAGGACUUCUGGCUCGAAGCCCGGAGGACUUAUGUGAGCCAGAAUUCUGGCUCGAAGCCCGGAGGACUUCUGGCUCGAAGCCCGGAGGACUGCCAGAUUGAAGCCCGAAGGACUUCCGAAUUGAAGCCCGGAGGACUUCUGGCUCGAAGCCCGGAGGACUUCUGGUUCGAAGCCCGGA